GGCCUUGUUCGCACUCACACCGAUCGGUUCGAGCCGAACGGGCUUCCCAAGCGCUCUCGUAACUUGCACCGUGAUUGUUGACGGCGGUCAGCUGGCCAUGUAUGCUCCGGGGCGCCAGAAUAUAUCCUUGCCGCCCUCGCCUACCCCGCCUCACUUAUCCCGCAUCUUCACCUUCUCUUUCCAGUUCUUGCGCUCCUCGAUAUGUUGCACAGAGUGUACUUGUCCGCUAAGCCCCUAUCCAGGAGCGCCACCUGGGGAAGACGUUUCGCGUCUACCAAGACGUUGAAGGAGGCCCUUCAGGAGGUCAUUCCUGCAAAGCAAGCUCAGUUGAAGAAGCUUAAAGCAGAACACUCCCAGAAGGUCAUCGGAGAUAUCAAGGUCGAGAAUGUCAUUGGCGGCAUGCGUGGACUGAAGUCCAUGCUCUGGGAAGCUUCGGUCCUUGAUCCUAACGAGGGCAUUCGAUUCCAUGGUCUGAGCAUCACCGACUGCAAGCAGCAGCUACCUGCAGCUCCAGGAGGCAAAGAGAUCAUAGCCGAGAGUAUGCUCUGGUUGCUCAUGACGGGCAAGAUCCCCACCGAAGCCGAGGUCAGACAACUGUCCCGCGAGCUCGCAGAGAAAGGCGACCUCCCAGUAGCUGUCGAGAAGCUCAUCGACUCUUUGCCCAACUCGCUCCACCCAAUGACACAACUCGGCAUGGGCGUCGCCGCUCUCAACCACGACUCUGCCUUCCAGGCCGCCUACGAGCGCGGCAUGAAGAAGACAGACUACUGGACCUACACACUCGAAGACUGCAUCAACCUCAUCGCUCGACUCCCUGCUCUGGCCGCACGUAUCUACAGGAAUGUAUACAAGCCCGGCCAAGCAAUCCCUGCACUCGACAAGGAACUCGAUCUGGUCGGAAACUAUACGAAUAUGCUGGGCUAUGGGGAGAAUAAGGAUUUGAUGGAGUACUUGAGACUGUAUAUAUCGAUCCAUGGAGACCAUGAGGGAGGGAAUGCGUCUGCUCAUACUGCUCAUUUGGUGGGCUCGACGCUGUCGGAUCCCUACCUCUCAUACUCCGCUGCCUUGUUCGCAUUAGCGGGCCCUCUUCACGGACUCGCGAACCAAGAAGUCCUCCGCUGGCAACUGCUCAUGCAGAAAGAGAUCGGAGACAACGUCACGCAUGAACACAUCAAGGAGUACCUCUGGCGAACGCUCAAGAGUGGGCAAGUCGUUCCAGGGUACGGACAUGGAGUGCUGAGGAAGUCGGACCCGCGAUUCGUCGCGCUUUUGGAGUUUUGCGAUUCGAGACCGGAGCUGCUCGCUAGCCCGAUUGUCCAGAUGGUUAAGAAGACGUAUGAGGUCGCACCUGGGGUGUUGACUGAACAUGGCAAAACGAAGAACCCAUGGCCGAACGUUGACGCCACCUCAGGAUGCGUUCUUCAUCACUACGGCCUCACAGAAUUCAAAUACUACACCGUCAUCUUCGGCGUCUCCAGAGCUCUCGGCGCGUUGACCCAACUCGUCUGGGCACGCGCGCUCGGUCUGCCACUCGAACGUCCGAAAUCGCUCUCCAUGGAUGCGCUCGAGAAAUUGCUCUAAGAGCUAGGAAGCGUGAGCCUAGCCUAGCCGCGUCCUCACUCGCUUCGCUUGCCUCGCCUCGCUUUGCAUUGCCGGCGUUUCCCAAGUCACUUUCAUUCUGGGGGGUUUUAGCUCGACUGCCAACCUUUUCGUAGCGAGGUUCGAGGAGUCGGGAUGGGCGCAUGGGCCUCGGGUGUCGUUUCGGAUCAGCCUGAGUGUGGGACUAUGCUGUGGAUUCACUGAGCCGACGACAAUGUAUGUAUGUACGAUAUUUGACAAACUUUUACUCAGGCUGGUAGGAACCUGUGCCAGUGACGGUGCCGGUGGAUGUAGAGUACGUAUGUAUAUGAUUUCGUUGACUGAGGGAACUGGAGGCUAAGUAGCUGCUCGCAUGUCAGUAACAUAGCACAUACGGUGUAUAUUCCC